AUGGAAGAUAAUACGGUGCGUUUUGGUCUCCUCGGAUGUAUCAGAUUCGCGUCAAAAUUCGUCAGAACGGUAACCCAAUCCUCUAACGCCGUCAUUAUCGCCAUCAGCGAUCCGUCUCUCGAAACCGCGAACACCUUCGCCGCCGCCAAUAAUUUGUCGCCGGAGACCAUCGCUGUGUACGGAAGCUUCGACGAGCUACUCAACGACCCACGCGUUGACGCUGUGUACUUGACGAUGCCGGUGACGCAGCGAGGGAAGUGGGCGGUGGCGGCGGCGGAGAGUAAAAAGCAUCUUCUUGUUGAGAAGCCACCGGCUCAGAACACGGCGGAGCUGGAGAAGAUCGUGGAGGCAUGCGAAUCUAACGGCGUUCAGUUCAUGGACGGUACGAUCUGGUUGCAUCAUCAACGGACGGUCAAGAUUAGAGAAUCAAUGUUUGAUUCGGGAUUGCUUGGAGACGUUCGCCACAUGUACAGUACAAUGACGACUCCGGUACCGGAGCAAGUACUAGAGAGACUGACGAAAGAAGCAAUGGGUUUAGCUGGAGCCAUCGGAGAGCUUGGUUGGUACCCUAUUGGUGCAGCUCUCUGGUCUAUGUCUUACCAAAUGCCGACCUCUGUCAGGGCUCUUCCUUCCUCAAUCACCACAAACUCGGUUGGGACCAUCUUGUCCUGUUCUGCCUCCCUUCAGUUCACUUCAACCGCAAUUGUCCACUGCUCCUUUCUCUCUCAACUUUCGACCGACUUAACAAUCACAGGUUCAAAAGGAUCAGUUCAGAUGAAUGACUAUGUGAUCCCUUACAAGGAGGACACAGCUUGGUUCGAGUACACAAGUGGUGCUAAGUUCGUGGAAAUGCACAUUGGUUGGAACAUGAUACCGGAGAAAGUUACAGUGGACUGCGGCGGAACCGAGGAGUCGCAAGAGGCUAUGAUGCUUAAAGAGUUCGUGAGGCUUGUCCAAGGAAUUAAACGGGGCGAGUCAGAGGCUGAUCGAAGGUGGCCAGAGAUCAGUAGGAAGACACAGUUAGUGGUUGAUGCUGUGAAGAAAUCUGUUGAUAUUGGUUGUGAAGUGGUUUAUCUGUAA